AUGAGAUUCAUCGCUUUGGCGUCGUUUGCAGCCUCCGUGCUCGCAGCUAGCCGUACCACUGCUCCCUCUGGGUCGAUUGUCGUGGCCAAAUCUGGUGGUGACUACUCCACUAUCAGCGAAGCCAUCGCGGCCUUGAGCACCACCACUACCUCCACCCAGACUAUCUUCAUUGAGGAGGGCACCUACAAUGAGCAGGUGUAUAUCCCCAAGCUUGCUGGCGAGCUGAUCAUCUACGGGCAGACCGAGGAUGACACCUCCUAUUCCUCUAACACUGUCACCAUCACCUACGGCUUGAGCUUGGCAUCCGUCAGUGAUGAUGACGAGACUGCGACGCUGCGAAACUACGCCGCCAACUCCCGCGUCUACAACAUCAAUGUGAAGAACACCUACGGUGAAGGCCACCAGGCUCUCGCUCUCAGUGCCUACAACACUGAGCAGGGUUACUAUGGCUGCCAGUUCACCGGUUUCCAGGAUACCGUCCUCGCUGAGACCGGCUACCAGGUCUACGGAAAGUGCUACAUCGAGGGCGCCAUCGAUUUCAUCUUCGGCCAGACCGGCAAUGCUUGGUUUGACAGCUGUGACAUCGGUGUCCUCGCCUACUCCGAGGGAACCAUCACCGCGCAGGGUCGCCCCGCAAGCUCCGACUCUGGAUACUUCGUCAUCAACGAGAGCACUGUCAGUGCCGCCUCUGGCGAGGACGUCACCGAGGGAACUUACUAUCUCGGCCGGCCCUGGACCGAGUAUGCUCAUGUGGUCUUCCAGAAGACCACUCUUAGCGAUGUCAUCAACUCUGCCGGCUGGAUCGAGUGGUCGAGCAGUGAGCCCAACACUGAGGAUGUCCUCUUCGGCGAGUAUGAUAACUCUGGUGAUGGUGCCUCGGGUACCCGGGCUAGCUUUGCGGAGAAGCUCUCUUCUUCUGUCUCUAUUAGCACUAUCCUGGGCAGUGGAUACGCCGACUGGGUUGACACUAGCUACCUCGCUUGA